AUGACCGGUGUCAGUUCUACCCCGGAUGGCAGUCAAAAACUUACGAGAAAGUACAAAAUCAAACCCCCAGUGCUAAAUGUGACUCUCAAAGAUUACAGCUGUGCUGAUUUACCUACACAAACUACAGCUAAACCACAACCGGCGCGACUACCGCUCACCGACCACGGGGAUACCUCCAGCGAGAGGCCGGCACGCACACGACCCCCCCAGCACCCACCGCCGCCAGGACCGUGCCCUCUCCUCCCCCGCACAAGGGGGGCGCGGCCCGACCCCCCCCCAGCAGGGUUAAUAGCUACCGGGCUGGCACCGAGCGCCCACCCUGCCGCGCCGGGGCAGGCAGCAGCCUCGCGGCCGGGAAGGCCGAAGGGCGGUGGCGCUCCGGGGCAGCUCCCGCAGCACCAGAGCGGGCUGGCCCGGGGCAGCGGGGGUGCAGCUAUCCCGACGGCAGGACCGCAUCGCCUCUCCUCCAGCCUCCGCCUGUCCGGUACCCGGCGCCUCUCGUCCGCCCGCUCACCCCUGCCUGCCCUCCCAGCCCCAAGCCCCCUUUCUCGUAACGCCUCAUUCAACUCCCAGCCCCGCCCGUUACCUAUGCAGCAGGAGCGCGGCCAGACCUGCUCGCUGCCUGCUGCAUUAGACCCUCCGCCCAGGCUCCCCGCUACGGCAGCCCGGCUUGGCCUCCGGGAGCCACGGAUGCGAGGGCACCGCCGCCCAGCCGCUCCCGGGCUCCGCGCCGUCCCUAGCUGGGGAGGCGGGCAGGAAGGAGGGCUCCAAACACCCCUUCCAGCGCUCCCUGCGCGGGCAGCGCAGCAGCGGCCGCCACCGGCGCACACUCACCCGCGGAGCUGGUGCUCAGCCGUGCCGUGCUACGGCCGGCACUCUGACAGCUCGCCUGCGGAGCCCGGCGGGGCGGAGAAGAGCAUCCUCCGGCCGUGGCGCCGGGCAGCGGCCGAAGCCCGUUUCCCGAACAAGCGUUUAGAGGAAGCGAUCCUCCUCCCAGGAUUGACGCAACGCCCCGGCGGCGCGCAGAGAGGAAACCUGUUCCACCAGCCCCCGGCUCGUUCAAAGUCCGGCGGCAGCCCCGCGGGCUGCAGCUCUGCCCUCCAGGCAGGAGGCGGCGGGGGCGCAGCUCCGCACCCCAGCGCGCAGGGGGGAACCGGCGAGGCCCCAGAGACAGCCCCCGUCAACGGGGAAGGGGCCGAUGCUGAGCUGCCGCUGGGAAAAGCCGGCAGCUCCGGCUCGCCCGCCUCAAGCACACGCAGCAGCCGGGCUGGCCGAGCCCUUCGGGCCUCCCGCCCCCACAGCCAGAACCCUCCCGGCGGCCCCAGCCCGGCUGCGCACGGAGGCGGCGUUACUUACAGCACCCGCCAGGCGGAAAACUCACAGGUGGCCGAGAGCCGCCGGCGAUCAGCGGCUGAGAGGCGACCUCCACCCCGGGAAGCCAGUCGCCUCAGCACCCGCGCGGGAAGGGAGCAAACUGAGGUGGGGGCGCUGCGCUCCGCUCUGCUCCGCUCCCCGCCGCGGGGCCGCGCAGCUCCAGCCGCUGCUGUCGCCCUCCCUGCGCGGGGCCGGCUCCCUCCCGCCCUUCCUCCCGCCCGGCUCCCGCCGCCGGCCAAUGCGGGCCGCGGCGAGGAGCCGGCUUUAACCAUCUGUUGCGAGGCGCCUCCUCCAAGCGCUGCCGCCUCCCUUGCCGGGGGGCUCCCGCCCAAGCACCCCGCCGAGGAGGUGGGGAGCCAGGAGAAAGCUUUAGGCCCCCCCGCAGGAGCUCUUUGCCCUUCGCGCCCUCAGGGGCCGCCGCCGUUGCCCGCCUCCCCUCCCCCACUCGCCUCAGGAUCGCCGCCCCCCCGCCCCCUCAGGACUGGCGCCCCUCACCUCAGCGCUCUCCUCUCCGCACCCUCUACCCCUUUCCCCCGCAGCACCCCCCAAAUCCCUCCCUAG